AUGGCAAGGAUCGCUCCAUAUAAGAAUAACACAUUGGUCGGUUAUGUUGGAUAUGCCUAUAACCCCGACACAAACACAACGACAGUGUCUGUUACCGGUGGUGAUGUAAAUACUCCCGAAGCUCAUCUCCAAAAUAGAAUUGCUUAUCAAGCUGGUCAAACAACAACUCUUAUGAAACGUGGAUGGGCUGAUUCAAUUACAUGGGCUAGUUACGAAUAUAAUAAUGGUAACCAAGACUUAUGGGACCAAUUUCCGAAGGAAGGUGACGAAUUUGAAAUGUUAUCGGAUGAUUUUAGUCAGUACGUCGGAGAGAAUGUGGCUCAGAAAUAUUGUGUAUGCUUUGGUGACUCAGGAGAGGCUGGCAGUCAAAUGGCACUUCAUGGUGAGAUAUAUUUUGACACAUACGGUGGAGUGGACAAUGAGUGUGAUGAUAACUUAUGUAAUACAUACUAG